AUGGCGGCUUCUUCUCUGCUCAGAUCUACAGCCUCAGCUCCGUUGAUCGAAGCCUCGCGUGCUGAGCUCGCGGCCUCGUCCUCCGCUUCUUUCAAGGUGUCAAGCGUCGGAUUUGGUCGCAAUCUGAACUGUCCAAAGGUGCAAUCAAGCAUAUUUGGCACUUCCAUCCCAAGCCGCUCGUCUUCUUUACAGAUAUGUAGCGCGAGGAGUGCCCAACCUAUCAAAGCCACAGCCACUGAGCUACCACCCACAAUCCAGAGAUCAGGGAGUGGUGGGAAGACAAAGGUUGGGAUCAAUGGUUUUGGUCGGAUUGGAAGGUUGGUUCUCCGAGUAGCAACCUCUAGAGAUGAUAUGGAAGUGGUUGCGGUCAAUGAUCCUUUAGUUGAUGCUAAGUACAUGGCUUACAUGUUUAAGUAUGACUCCACGCAUGGAGUAUUCGACGGAUCAAUUAGUGUUGUUGAUGAUUCCACGUUGGAAAUAAAUGGGAAGACGAUUAAAGUUGUGAGCAAAAGAGAUCCAGCAGAGAUCCCUUGGGGUGAUUAUGGCGUUGAGUAUGUUGUUGAAUCUUCUGGGAUUUUUACAACAGCUGAGAAGGCUUCAUUACAUAAAAAGGGUGGUGCAAAGAAAGUGGUAAUAUCAGCUCCAUCAGCAGACGCACCCAUGUUUGUGGUAGGAGUAAAUGAGCGUACAUACAAGCCAAAUAUGGACAUCGUUUCUAAUGCAAGCUGUACUACCAACUGCCUUGCUCCUCUUGCCAAGGUGAUUCAUGAGGAAUUUGGUAUUCUUGAAGGUUUGAUGACAACUGUGCAUGCAACUACAGCAACACAGAAGACAGUUGAUGGCCCUUCGAUGAAGGAUUGGAGAGGGGGCCGAGGAGCUGGACAGAAUAUCAUCCCAAGUUCAACUGGUGCUGCAAAGGCUGUUGGAAAAGUUCUACCAGAACUGAAUGGAAAGCUUACUGGUAUGGCCUUCCGUGUCCCAACUCCUAAUGUAUCUGUGGUGGACUUAACUUGUCGACUUGAGAAGACUUCUUCUUAUGAGGAUGUCAAGGCAGCCAUCAGGUAUGCUGCUGAUGGGCCACUUAGAGGCAUCCUUGGUUACACUGAAGAAGAUGUAGUCUCCAAUGAUUUGUUGGUGACUCAAGGUAGGUCCAGUAUAUUUGAUGCCAAGGCUGGGUUAGCACUUAGUUCCUCCUUCGUUAAGCUUGUUUCGUGGUACGACAAUGAGUGGGGAUACAGCAACCGAGUUUUGGACCUCAUAGAGCACAUGGCAUUGGUGGCAGCAUCAUAA